AUGGAUCCAUUGUCUAUAAUGACAUAUUCAGGUGUUCAGAUGGUGAUCCGUAGAGAGAGAAUCACAGGCGUUCUUCAUAUUACGUCUCAUCAUUUGAUUUUUUCAAGCAGUGCUUUUUUUCGUGAAAUAUGGAUUGGAUAUCCUAUGAUUCAAAAAGUGGAAAAAAAGGCUAGGUUUUAUAAGAGAAUGACAUCAUUAGAUAUAUAUGGACGUGAUUUUACUUUUGUUACGUUUAAUGUUGAGAAUGAUUGGGAUGCACAAGUGAUUUAUGAGAUGAUUCAAAAAUAUACAUAUAUGGAGUCUAUUUGUGGUUUUUAUGCAUUUUUUUAUCGUCCAGAACUUUCAGAAGCUAUGUUUAAUGGAUGGACGCUUUAUCAGCCUGCUAAGGAAUUUGAGCGGCAAGGUGUUGGCAUAAGGACAAAAAAUUGGCGCAUAACGGAUAUCAAUAGUAAUUAUACACUUUGUUCUACUUAUCCUUCUGUACUUGUAGUACCAUCAAAAAUAAGUGAUAGUGUGAUUCGGUAUGCAUCUAAGUUUAGGUCGAAAGGAAGAUUUCCUGUUUUGACGUAUAUUCAUUCUACAAAUAAUUGUAGUAUCACAAGAUCAUCUCAGCCAAUGGUUGGUAUUAAACAAAACCGAUCUCUACAGGAUGAGUAUUUGGUGUCUGCUAUAUUUGAAACUACAGCUGUUCAGGAUGUUUCUGAAACGAAAAAGAAUCUUAGGUUAUAUGGGAAUAACAUAGUUGUUGAUGCUCGACCAACAGCAAACGCUAUGGCAAAUGUUGCAAUUGGUGCUGGAACUGAAAAUAUGGAAAAUUAUAAAGGUGCAAAGAAAGUAUAUUUAGGGAUAGAUAACAUUCAUGUUAUGCGUGACAGUCUUUCUCGUGUUGUUGAAGCUUUAAAAGAGUCAAGUAUGAUAUCUUUACCUCCUGAUCGUAAUCUUCUGGAAAAAUCUAAUUGGCUUAAAUAUUUAUCUUUAAUUUUGGAAGGAUCGGUUUUUAUAGCACGUACAAUUCAUAUUGAUUACUCGCAUGUUCUUAUACACUGUUCUGAUGGAUGGGAUAGAACAAGUCAAUUGAGUUCUCUUGCUCAAUUAUGUUUAGAUCCUUAUUAUCGUACAUUUGAGGGAUUUAUGAUAUUAAUAGAGAAAGACUGGUUAUCAUUUGGAUAUCGUUUUUGUUCACGACUAGGUCAUCUUUUUAAUGAAAAAUAUUUUAUAACAUCUAAUAAUACAUCAUCUAUUUCUAAGAAUUCAAAAAGUCUUUUUUCGCAGCAGACGUUUUCGAAUAUGCAAUCAAAAUUACGAGAAAUGAAUAAGAAUCCUCAUUCUAAAGAUAUUAGUCCAAUUUUUCAUCAGUUUCUUGACUGCACGUAUCAGAUGUUGCAUCAGUUUCCUGAUCGGUUUGAAUUUAAUGAAUGUUUUCUCCGGAAGCUUUUCUAUCAUACAUAUUCCUGUCAAUAUGGAACAUUUCUUUAUAACAAUGAAAAAGAAAGGAUAACAGAUAAUGCACAUGAAAGAACAAGGUCUGUUUGGGACUAUUUUUUGGCUCGCAAGGAAAAGUUUAUUAAUAGUAAUUACAAUCCUUCUCUUAAUAAUGGUUCUUUAUCUAUUAUAUUUCCUGAUCCAAGAGCUAUUGUUUGGUGGGCAUCUAUUUUUGGUCGUUCUGAAAAUGAAAUGAAUACGGUUUCUUCUUUUCUUAAUACUUCUUUUAUUCAAAAAAAAUAA